AUGUCGCGUCCAAAUUCCGUUAAAAAUGACAAAGAGGUCAACGCUGUCAUCUUUAAUAUGAAGGAACAGAGAUGUCUCUUGAAAAAUUUACAUACACUUGAUGCAGAAGCCUCAUAUUCGUUAAAAUUGAUCGACCUAAAUAACCGUGGAAUCAAACUCUUCUACCGACGGUUCAAAGACAAAGUGAACAAAAUUAAGUCCCAUCUCCAAACGGACGAAAUUGCUCAUCUCAAAAUUCUAGAUGAAAGUGGCAAAAUGAAAGAGCUUGUGAAGCCCUUAAACAUAACAGGUGCGCUGAGAAUCGCAGAUGCAGAGAAACGUCUGAAACUUCAAGGACGCGAUAACCAAAGAGUGACAAGAAGCGCGAUGCAUAGGAAAAGUAGUGAAGCAUUCCUCGAAUCGCCGCGAAUGCUUCGUCCAAACACUUGCAUGGGUAGUCUUAGAAGAGAUUCAGUACGCCCAAAAAGACCAAGAAGUCUGUCAACGGGACGGAAAAGUCCAAUUAUUACUUUAUCAUCCCCAGUGGCUGAAAAGCAGUUAAAAGACGAAUUAAGCAACCAGGGGAUUAGUGACACCAUGAAACUCGAUCAAGCUGCGAGUAGCCCUGUUGCGAAUGAAACGAAAAUGCUGAAUGCUCCUACCUCAACAAAUUCUCCUGAGAGUCAGCCGCAAAAUACACAUCAACCUUCUGCUCAUUCGGUUACGGAAAAUCAGUCUGAAACUGAAAAACUGAAGCCUGCUUUUAACCAGACUGCAAUCCCACGAGUAUUAGUAACACCAAUUGACUUAAGUCAAAUAACGGAAGGUUACGGAAAUUCACAGCAACCCGAGGAGUCUAAUAAAAAUUCGCAAAAUGAAAAAUCAUCAAACAAAAAAGUCACGAUAGUGGAAGAUUUUGAGACAUUCCGAAAAUCAGCUGUUGAAAAAAGAUGUCAAAGCAGAGGUUCCUCGAUAUCCAGAAUGAGUGCCAAUGCAGCCAUGAAAGCAGGAUUAUUUUCUUGUCAUAUGCACAGUCAGGAUCAAUUGAAAGAAUCUGCAAAAUCACUCUCAAAUCAAGGGGAUCACUUGGGAAAUUACAUAAUAGAUGAUCCGUAUGAAGAACGCCGUCGAAUGCUACUUGAUAUUGAAAACUCUUAUGCCAAUAACUUGCUGGAAAGAAAAGAAGAGUUUUUAGAUGAACUUGAUGCAUAUAUCACGAUGCAAAAAACAGUUGUUCCAAAGAAUCCUGCUGCAGGAGACGGCGAUCCAAAUGAUCCACUUCAGACGCCAAAACAUGGAGAAACUUCAUUAGAAAAGCUUACCCGGCGGGAAAUGAGACUUUUGCGGGAACAAGCAAGGCGUCUUUCGCAGGCAGAGGCUAAGCUUCGAGGGUUAGAUUUAUGGGAGGAUAAACCGAAAUGUAGGUAUAAAUAG